GCCGAUUUAAGGAAAAUUUAAGGGUACAAAUCAAUGGUGGAUUAUUUCUGAAAAAAGGAAAAGGGGGAGACGAGUAGCGGACAUUGCCGCAUCUGCCAUCCGCCUGGCUGUUGGUCGCCGCAUUGCGUGCCCGUGCCCCAGCAACCAUCCAGCUAUGGGUCCGAGACAAACGCUGGGGCAUGCUGCGGUCAUCAGGCUGCGUGACCCAGCAAUGGCGCUGCUAUUGGUUCAGAAAAAUGCUGAGGCUCCCAGUGCUGAGGCACACUGCCGCCAUCGCGUUGCUCACCCCAGCAACCAGCUGCCGUGCGACCAGAAAAAUGCUGAGCCACCUGGCAUUGAGGCACGUUGCCGUCGUUGCGUUGCCUACUCCAGCAACAACUCUCUCGAAUCAUUCCAUCGAUUCAGCUCACGACCGCCACGCCUGUAGCAUCAACUCACAUACCUCUUACCCUGGAGGCGACGGGGUGGGCCCAGACGUGUGACUCGGAAAACUGCGCGUCCUAGCCGCGACAAAGAUACGAACACGAUUACCCCUCAUCCUCCCAAAAUCGCCUUACCGUUCGAGUGCCACCUGCCCACUCAUCCUUGGAGGUUCGCACACAGACUCACUCUGCCGGCUAUCCGGACAGUUCGGCAUACCAUUCCAUCGUCGGGCCAUUCCCGCAGCGACUCCCUAGCAGGUAUCUCUUCAAUGUCCAGUCUCGGCCGAAUCAUCAAGCCCAGCAGACGUAAUCCCUUUGGCCACGCGGCCACUGUUCUACCUCCACCUCCACUUCCUCCUCGACUCGUCAUCCCCAUGUGCGAGAAU